CCGCUGGCUAGUGCAUGUCGUUGCGGUGGAACAGAACACAGCUGUUACAUUAUCUCUCUUUGCUCUGCUCCAGAGGGUCUUAUCACAGGUGUGCUUGGUGUUGACCAUCAGGACUUGAUCCGUGCGUUUCGGAUGUAUGGUGCAAAGGACGAAUAUCUUGAUCCAGACUGGAAGGUGACGCCAGUCACCCGCGAGACACAAAAUGAACGACUAAUCCUCCCGGAGACGGCAAAAUUCCCCAGACAAAGCUUGAAGGCGGUUGUCAAGUUGGUCACUAUGACUGCAACACUAGAUCCUCAAUUUUACAAUGUGGCCGAGAUUCGGAAGAUUGUGAAUUUGCUCAUGAGGAUGACAACGGACCCAAUCAUUGGUGACGUCAAGUCCUUGCUGGGGUCGACCAUAGUCGCUUUACUGGAUGCCAUUCCUGCGGAUGACUGGGAAGUUGAGCGCCACUGUCUAUGCGAUGAAAUAAUUCAGACACUUGGGACGUCCAUGCCGUUCAUUCUACUUGCACUACGCCAACUACCCUCUCUUUCCAUGAGGGUGGCACUUCUCCGGCGAGGUAUCGCUCUUUCAUACCUGGGCUUGCCUCCGAUACCUGCGGGUGAAGUUGCUCCUGACCUGGAAGAGUUGCAUCGUGCACUUUUUGUCGACAAGGGCUUUCUGGUCAACUCUACGACAAAUUAUAAAGAUCUCGGCCGAAGGAUUCAGAUAUUUGGGUUCUGCCUGGACGACGAGCAAAUGAUUGCGUCGUAUGGGCGCAUUGCACUCGAGCCGUUGCUGAAAAAACUGCGCAUGAUGCAUGGGAGGAUUGUUGAUGUUCGUGCCGCCUUCAUGGAACGUACUUUGACAAAAGACAUGAUCCAACGACUGUACAUACGACUCUACUAUGCUGGUAUACAUCGUCAAAGUAAGGAUUAUAUUCUCAGGUCAUGCGCUGGGGAUACAUUACUCUCGCUUGAGUACUGGUAUUAAGCAUCCACAUUUUUCUAAUUCUAUAGCUGCCAUUCAAACGACUAUCAACUUCGACAACGCUGCUUUAACGAGGAGCGGGGCCGGCGAUUCAGCUGCCAUUAGCGUCCAAGAU